AUGGGAGAAUACAAUUUAGUACAGGAUAACGUUGUAUAUUCAAAAUUAGAUACCAUUGAAUGUGAUAUCCCAAUAAAUGAAGAAUUAUUAGAAAGAAUAAAUAAAUUUGUUGAUCAUUUAAGACUUCCAUAUUAUCUUUUAGAAGAAUUUGUAGAUAAUUUUGUAUAUGAAUUAAAAAAAGGGUUAGAAGCACAUCGCAAGCAUCCCAAUUUGUGGAUUCCACAUGAAUGCAGUUUUAAAAUGUUGGAUUCAUGUAUAUCUGAAAUUCCUUCAGGUAAAGAAAAAGGAACCUACUAUGCAAUUGAUUUUGGAGGAACGAAUUUUAGAGCUGUUAGAGCUUCAUUAGAUGGAAAUGGUAAAAUUAAGAGAGAUCAGGAAACUUACAGUUUGAAAUUUACAGGAACUUUUUCCCAUGAAAAAGGAUUAUUAGAUAAAAAUGCAACAGCUUCCCAAUUAUUUGAUCAUUUUGCAGAAAGGAUAAAAUAUAUAAUGGGAGAAUUCAAUGAUUUAGAUAGUAAAGAAGUUAAAAGUGUUGGAUUUACUUUCUCUUUUCCUUGCACUUCUCCAUCAAUUAAUUGUGCAAUUCUUAUUGAUUGGACGAAAGGAUUUGAAACAGGAAGAGCUACAAAUGAUCCAGUAGAAGGUCGUGAUGUAUGUAAAUUAAUGAAUGAAGCAUUUACAAGGUCAAGUGUACCAGCAAAAGUUUGCUGUGUAGUUAAUGACGCUGUUGGUACAUUAAUGUCAUGUGCAUAUCAAAAAGGAAAAAGCACUCCACCUUGUUAUAUAGGAAUAAUAUUGGGAACUGGAUCAAAUGGUUGUUAUUAUGAGCCAGAAUGGAAAAAAUAUAAAUAUUCAGGAAAAAUUAUAAAUAUUGAAUUUGGUAAUUUUGAUAAAGAUUUACCAUUAGCACCAAUUGAUUUAGUAAUGGAUUGGUAUUCUUCUAAUAGAAGUAGACAAUUAUUUGAGAAAAUGAUUUCAGGUGCUUAUUUAGGAGAAAUGGUUAGGAGAUACAUGGUUAAUGUUUUGCAAAGUGCAUCUUCAAAAAAAAUGUGGAUAACUGAUACAUUUAAUUCUGAAUCAGGUAGUGUUGUAUUGAACGAUACUUCAAAAAAUUUUGAAGAAACAAGAAAAGUUGCAAAAGAUGCAUGGGAUAUUGAUUUAACCGAUGAACAAGUAUAUGCUCUAAGAAAAAUUUGCGAAGCUGUUUAUAAUCGCUCAGCUGGUUUAGCUGCUGGUGCAAUUGCUGCCAUAGCAAAAAGAAUAAAAAUUAUAGAACAUUCUAAAUUUUCAUGUGGAGUUGAUGGAUCAUUAUUUGUUAAAAAUGCUUGGUAUUGUAAAAGAUUACAAGAACAUUUGAAAGUAAUUUUAGCCGAUAAAUCUGAGAAUUUGAUUAUUAUUCCUGCAGAUGAUGGAUCAGGAAAAGGUGCAGCUAUUACAGCAGCUGUUGUUGCAUCAUGUAGUAAUGUUUAA